AUGGUUCUACAUAACUCAAAAUGGGAUAAAAAGGCCACAAGGAAGCAUCAAAAGAAACAUAAUGAAGGCGGAAAGAAGCAAGGAAUUGGUGCUCGGUUCGGAGGAGAGACUACUGGUGGCCAUUCUUCAUCUGCAGAAGUAGAGUCUGGUGAGCCUAAUAGUAAACAAGACAAGGUUACAAGCCAUUUUCCUAGUCUCGGUGAGGAUGUGGCUGCUGAUUCAAAAGGUGGACUAUCUAAUAACUCGUACAACUCAGACUCAGAUUCAUCAGAAGACUCGACUACAGAGGAGAACGGCAAAUGGAAGCCCAGACGUUCUAAACUGCAAUCGAACGUUUGGAGAUAUCAAAAGAAAUCCCCUGAGGAUCAAUUGAACGAAUUGCUGGCAGAAUCGGCUGCCCUUGCUGCAGCAGAAGGUGAAGAUAAUUCUGUGGCCCAGAGUGCAUUGAAGAUAAAGAUAGAAGAAAUCCGUAACUUACAGGCAAGUCAAGAAAGUAAUCUCGAUUUCUUCCCAAGCGAAGAAGUAGACGACGAAUAUGAUCAAGAAUAUCACGAUUUAAUGCGUGAAGCUGCUCUUAAGGCUAAUAGUAAGGUCUCAGGUGAUGACAAUGCUUGGUAUAAGAGCCAUGUUCAAAUUCACGAUGAUCCCGAAGAGUUCGAACGCCUUCAGAACCAGAUUGAUCACUCAAAACUUAUCAAUGAUAUCAAAAAGAGGUUCGGGUCAAGGAAAAAGAACACUACUAUGACAGAGACUAAAGAAGAUGAUAUAGAUAGUUUUCUUGGUGAAGUGGAUGCAUUACAGGUUAAUUCUGACAAGUCCGGAGACGAAUCUUACAUAUCCGAUGACAUUGAAUACAAUCUCAGUGACAAUGAUUUGGGGGAUGAAAAUGAUGAGAACGAAAAUGACUCGGGACUACGGGAAUCCAAUAGUUUAGACAAAAGAAAAGAAGAGUAUCUUGACUUUUUACUGAGUUGA